AUGAAUAUUGAAGCAUAUAUUCAGGUAUGUAUUGCACUCUUUACUUCGUUACAUCUAUCUAUCUAUCUAUCUAUCUAUCUAUCUAUCUAUCUAUCUAUCUAUCUAUCUAUUGCAGGGUGGAACUCGCUAAUUGCUCAUGUUAUUCUUUUUAUAUUUCUAUAUAUUGAUACUCGAUUUAUGUCUAUUUAUCUAUCUAUCUAUUCAUCUAUCUAUCUAUCUAUCUAUCUAAUGCUCUUUCAUUUAGUUUUCUAUCAAAUCAAGACAGCUAACUCUGCUCAGGUUAUUCUUUUUAUAUUUCAUUCAAAGAUAUCUCCGUUUAUGUGCAUCUAUCUAUUCAUCUAUCUAUCUAUCUAUCUAUCUAUCUAUCUAUCUAUCUAUCUAUCGCAAACUGUUUUUAUCUCUCUACAAAAAAAUGAUGAUCUAUUUUCUUUUUUUGUUACCGGGUUUAUUUUUGAUAUCCUCAUCUCUGGAGAAAUGUUUCAGAAACUAACUGUUUCUUAUACGCUCUUAAUCAGAUCUUUCUCAAAAUGCAAAACCAGUUUUUUUUCUUUGAUUUCUUAG